AUCAAAGAGAGGAUUGGAAUUUUUUUUUUUAAAAAAAAAAAAUCUCGAGCGGCUGCGUUCCUUCUCCUCUUACAUCGCCUAUCUGCUCCCAAUUUCUGCACUCUCGCCUCUUCUCGCAUCGCGCCGACUUCGAUCUCGAGCUUCCACUCAGAGGAAGGAUGUUGGGAAUUGUCAGGCGCAAGGUUGGAUGCGAGGUUUUCUCCGCGAUGAAAUUUUCCCUGGCGCUGCGGAAGGUUCUACCCACGGGAUCAGCUCUGCCGAUGAAUUACUCGACAGCAACAAAAGAGAUUACAGUGCGUGAAGCACUUAACUCUGCCCUGGACGAAGAGAUGUCAGCAGAUCCCAAAGUUUUCUUGAUGGGUGAAGAGGUCGGAGAAUACCAGGGUGCCUAUAAGAUAUCCAAGGGUCUUCUCGAGAAGUAUGGUCCUGAUAGAGUUCUUGAUACCCCAAUCACAGAGGCUGGUUUUGCAGGGAUUGGUGUUGGUGCUGCUUACUAUGGCCUUCGGCCUGUUGUGGAGUUCAUGACAUUUAACUUCUCUUUGCAGGCAAUUGAUCAUAUUAUCAAUUCUGCUGCAAAAUCAAACUACAUGUCUGCAGGCCAGAUAUCUGUUCCUAUAGUAUUUAGAGGACCAAAUGGUGCUGCUGCUGGAGUUGGUGCUCAACACUCACAGUGUUUUGCAGCAUGGUAUGCCCAUGUUCCUGGUUUAAAAGUGUUGACUCCAUAUUCGGCUGAGGAUGCUCGAGGUUUACUAAAGGCUGCUAUUAGGGAUCCUGAUCCAGUCGUUUUUCUCGAAAAUGAGCUUCUAUAUGGAGAGUCAUUCCCUGUUUCUGCUGAAGUACUUGAUUCUAGUUUUUGUCUUCCAAUAGGCAAGGCUAAGAUUGAACGGGAAGGAAAACAUGUAACAAUCACUGCAUACUCAAAAAUGGUUGGGUAUGCUCUGCAGGCUGCAGAGAUACUUUCGAAGGAAGGAAUCAGCGCUGAGGUUAUAAAUCUCCGGUCAAUUAGGCCGCUAGACAGGGCUACUAUCAAUGCUUCCGUCAGGAAAACAAACAGACUGGUUACAGUUGAAGAAGGUUUUCCUCAGCAUGGUGUUGGUGCUGAAAUAGGCAUGUCCGUGGUAGAGGAAAGCUUCGAGUACCUUGAUGCGCCGGUAGAGAGGAUCGCUGGAGCUGAUGUUCCAAUGCCCUACGCUGCAAAUCUUGAGAGGAUGGCGGUUCCACAGGUAGACAACAUCGUUCAUGCAGCAAAGCGGGCAUGCUAUCGAUCGGUUCCAUUGGCUGCGACAGCGUAAACCCGAAGUUCCGAACUUCACUCUCACUUUUGCCCUUUUUAGCCGCGACAGCCUUGCCGCGAAAUAGUGUUUCACUUCAAUAAUUUGGAUAUCGAUAUCACAGAAUCAAAUGUUGGUUUGUUGCUGAAUGGCUUGAGCCACUAAAUUUUUUCUCUCUUGACCAUUUGCCAUUUUUGAGUAGUUUGCUUAAUAAUGGAACCUUUGGGAAGUGGCUGCGUGCUUUUUUUAAAAAAUAUAUUACUUAAAUGUUCGAACUA